CAGCAAAACACGAUGAUCUCAUGCUUUCUAUUCUUAUCAUACAGUCUUGACUAUAUAUAUAUCGAUAUAUAUAAGAGGCGCCAUGUUGCAUCAUUCUCCUUAGAAUUCCCUUCUUCCUCUCUCGCUAGUCAACUUCGCUAGGGCCGGAAACCAAGCUCCGUCCAAACAAAUACAUACCAGUGCAUGGUGCCCAACCUGUCCAUUUGCCAUCCACAAAAGACAGGCGUUGCUUUCUUUCGGUUCUACUCAUUCACUGCAGGCCAGAGACCUAAACACGCACACACGCACACACACACACACAUAUAUACGCAAUUUAAUCACGCAGCGCCUUGCCCAUCCAGUGGCAUAUUCCGCCCUUCUUGGACGACUAUACUCACCACAGCCGUUCAUCCAAACCCAGAGUUAAUUUCACCAUGACUCGAGUGGUCGAUGGAAGUGGAAGACGGGCCCUUCGGCCGGUCAGCAUCGGACCCAGACCUCAACGGCCGAUGAGCUUUACUUUCCCAGAUUUCCCAUUCAACCCAGAAAGCGAUGUGUUCCCAUACGCAGACCCGAACAAACGACUAUCGUACUUCAAGUACCCUGACGUAGAUCCAGUACCUCCACUACCAACCCUCUCUGCAUCCCGGAAUGGCAGCCAAGAUACCAUUGUCCCUCCCCCGUACGAUAGUAGCGAUGCAGAAAAGGCAGAGCCUCCGCCCGAAGCCCCGCCAAGCAAGAUGAGCAGGCAGGAGAUCGUUAUCAUCAUGACAGCCUUAUGUGUAAGACUCCUAAGAACAAAAGAACGAAGAAAAGUAUGUAUAAAUGGGAUCAUUUCUAACUUGGCUUUGACGCACUGAUAUAGCUGGCCUUGUUUCUUGCUGCCCUCGAUAUGGUUAGUUUAUCCAUGAUUCUCCCAUCCAUGAACGCAAUAACUUUCUAAUGCUCUCUCCAGACAAUUAUCUCUACCUCUCUUCCCACAAUUUCAAAAGUGUUCAAUGCCAAUGAGAGCGGGUAUACAUGGAUGGCCUCAUCUUAUCUUUUAGCAAACGCCUCAUGCGUCCCCCUUUGGGGAAAGCUCAGUGACAUCUGGGGUCGCAAAGUUCUCAUACUAGCAGCCAAUGUCCUAUUCCUUGUUGGAAGUUUACUCUGCGGAAUCGCACCAGGAUUGGCCAUUUUCCUGGUUGGAAGAGGUAUCCAGGGAAUUGGAGGAGGCGGCCUGAUCAUUUUAGGACAAAUCUGCGUUAGUGAUCUGUUUAGCGCGAGGUAUAUGAUCCCCUGGCUCCGACAGUCACAAUAUAGAUUUUUACUAACGUGAUGCAAUUUAUAGAGAGCGCCCUGUUUACUAUGCUCUCUUCGGAGCUACAUGGGCUGUUGCUGGGGCACUUGGACCGGUGAUAGGUGGACUACUGACUCAAAAUACUUCCUGGCGCUGGUGUUUCUACAUUAACUGUAAGUGUUAUAAGCACCGAUUCUUCAAAUGAUACAAAGAAUACCUUUCUUUGCAUAAUCGAUACUAACACGCCAACUUGGAUUAUUAGUACCCGUUGGCGGCAUAUGCUUCGUGAUUCUCUUCUUUUUCCUGAAGAUAGAAUCUCCAAAAACACCACUCCUUGCCGGAUUGCGUGUUAUUGACUGGCUUGGAACCGUCACUAUUGUUGGAGGAACAGUCAUGCUACUCUUCGGCCUAGAGUUUGGUGGCGUUAGUUUCCCAUGGAAUUCCCCAACAACCAUCGGACUAAUUAUCGGUGGUAUUGUUGUUUUGGGAAUAUUCGGUAUGGUUGAAAGGUAUUAUGCAAAAUACCCAAUCAUGCCCCCUGCUGUUUUCGAUGGUAUAAAUAACAUCCUUAUCUUGGGAGUUAACUGGGUCCAUGCAUCUUUAUUCAUCUCCGGUGCAUACUUCCUUCCCAUUUACUUCCAGAUUGUCCUUGGUGUCGGCCCAACACUGAGCGGAGUCUAUAUUUUACCACAGGUAAUGGGGCUUUCAGUUGUUGCAAUGCUGACAGGGAUGUUCAUCCGAAACACGGGCAAAUAUGUCUGGAUUAUGCGUAUCAGCAUGUUGAUAACGACUUUGGGAUAUGGCUUAUUUUUGGAUUUCCAGUCCUACACGUCCUGGCCUCGACUUAUUAUAUACCAGCUUAUUUCCGGCAUUGGUAUCGGUCCCAACUUUCAGGCCCCUCUGAUUGCCAUCCAGAACAACAUGCCACCCGGAGAUGUAUCCGGAGCUACCUCGACGUUUGGUUUUAUGCGCCAGCUUGCUACAUCGUCGUCCAUCGUCCUUGGUAGUGUGGUGUACCAGAACAUCAUCAAUGGCAAAGAAGCGUAUCUUACUGAAGUUUUGGGCCCGGAAUUAGCUCCUAAAUUCCUUGGGAGCAUUGCUGGAGCGAAUAUUGACUUAAUCCACCAGCUGACUCAGUCUCAAAAAGAUAUCGUGCUGAGUGAAUAUACCACUGCACUCAAACGGGCUUGGUUGUUUUACACCGCUCUUAGUGCGAUUGGGUGUGUUUUCAGUUUCUUUGUCCGGGAAAAGGCUUUAAACCAGAAUCAUGAAGUGACCAAAACGGGACUCGAGGAGCAGGAGCGCGCUCGACUGGCUCGCAUUGCUGCUGCUAAGAAACCUGAAGACAGGCAGACAGAAUGGCCCGGUAGUAAGUCAAGAAAGCCUCAGUAAUGGGGGCAGAAUCAAGCUACACACUGUUUCUAUGACACCCUUGAUAACGUUGCUAUCCUUCUGCUUAUUUGGUCUGUUAAAUUGCAAACAUGCAUUGGUUGGCGGUAACUUUUGUUUCUUGAUUUGUAUAGACGUUUUGCUACGGAUAUUCAGCAUAUUCCAUUCAGACAGCGAUGAUAAUGUACCUUUCUGUUUAUAUUUGUAUGUAUAUUAAUAUCCUCGACCCUUGUUUCUGGCGUCGUUGUUUGACGUCAAUAUUGUUAGACUAACUACGUUUCAGAAAAUGGUUAGUUAUAUAAUCGCUCGCUAACUAGCUAAGUUCUUCACUGGGAGCUUCCUCUUUUAUUUAACCAGCCUCAGUAAUGAUGACAAAUUAGCAAACGAGGGGUUUACCCGAUCUUCUGGUUCUUGUCAAUCUCAAGUCUCCCUGGCUAGUUUGACACAGUUGAAGAUAAGAUGGGACGUGCGGCGUCAUGGAUAGGCAGUCCCUCAGUCAAAGGCAAAACAGAAGCAGUUCGUAUGGCAAUGCUAACUGCUGGUCUGGCUGGAUUGCAGUACGUUACCCCGUUGAAUCCUCUUCCCCUGGUAAUAUCCCUAUAUUCCAGGAUUUGCGCUCUGUUAGAAAUUGAAGCUCUGUUGAUAUCACCAAUGCAAGCUGUUCUCUGUACACUAGCUGAUCCCUCUGUUAAACCUCGGUCGGCAUUCUAGGUUUACAUGGAGCAUUAAGAUGACAUGUAAUUUAUGCCCUUUCCUCACUAUUUUCAAGUCACUUUGACUAUCGUGCUGAAUUGUUUGGGAGGGCAGAUUUCACUCCAUAUCUUCUAAAGCUCGGAUUCACGAGAUCAAGUGUCUCUCUGGUAUGGAUGGCAACUCCUUCAUUAGGAUUGAUGCAACCAUUAAUUGGGGCGCUUUCAGACCAUUCAAAAUCCAAAUGGGGACGACGGCGGCCUUUCAUUAUUUGUGGACCAAUUUUUGCAUGUAUAUGCUUCCUUUUACUCGGUUGGGCCACGGAAUUUAUAGGACUCUUCAUUACAGAUGAGAAAACCGUUAAGUUUCUUGACCGAUUGCUCCCCCUAACUUGUUCAUACUAACGAGUUUCUAGAAACACAACUUUAUAAUUGUGAUGGCUGUUUUCAGUAUACUGGUAGUUGAUUUUUCAGUUAAUGCUUGCAUGAUAACACCCUCCCCCCCAC